AUUUUAUCUCUGUCCGCUUUGCAAUUUUUAGGUUAGAUUGUUGUUGUCAAUUGACUUGAGAUAUAUUUAAAUUUGAACUAUGUUUAUCAACUAAUAAAUAAAGCCGUUACAAUGAAGAAUUCGCCAGAUCCCAUCGAUGUUCAAGACCUACAGUUUAAACUCCAUUGCCGCUUAAAAGUUUUUGAAAAUACAUCGCAUGAACCUUUCAAGAAUCCUGUCAAUUUAGUUACUUGUGCCAGUCGAUAUGGGUUGUUAUUUAUUGGCACAACCACAUCAUCUCUUCAAGUAUUUCAACUAAAAUGCGCAGAAGAAUAUAGCCCUAAAGAUAAGGACAUAUUAGACUAUCCCAGAAGAGUGGUGAAUUUACCAGCACCCCCAAAACAUCUGUCUGUAAAUUGUGAUAACACAAUUUUAGCAGUUGUUGUUGAAUUGAACAAUCUACCGAUUGUACUGUUUUAUGAUGUACUUUCAUUUUUGAAGCAAAAUGUCGCUCUCAUAAAAGACUUUAAACUGUCUCAAUCACCUGCUAAGAUAGUCGACUUGAGUUGGAAUCCAUCUUUACCACUAAUAUUUACAGCUUGUAAAAAUGAUGGGUCUUUAAUUCUUGUGGACAUUAAUGGUGGAAAUGUUACUGGGAAUGAAUUACCAGCAGGUGCAGGGACUUGCUGCUUUUGCUGGAGCCCCAAAGGAAAGCAAAUUGCUGUGGGAUCCAAGGAUGGCAGAAUUACACAAUACAAACCUGACUUGAAAGCUGUAAAAGCUAUAAAUGCUCCACCACUUCAGGGGGUUUAUUCAUUGUGUUCCUUGCAAUGGGUGUCAAAUUAUCAGUUUAUUGGUGUUUUUUAUGCUGUUAAUCAAGAAUUUCAGAUAUCACUUAUUGUGAUUGAUGCCCCCAAAACUGGAGAGCCAACUUUUACAAACUAUGAUGAUAUUUGUUAUAGUAAUGGUAGUAACAGAGGCAUUCAAUAUUUUAUGAAUUUCCAGCUUGCUCCAUGGAACCUUUUGAUGGUAGCUUCAUCAAAUAGCACAGAAGUGGGUGUAAUUUCUAGCACAGGGGAUUUGUGGACCCAGUGGAUUUUAAGUGACACAGGAAGAGCUGAAUUACCUCUUAGUGCUGACCAUCAAGACACUCUACCUAUUGGUCUUGCUUUGGAUUACAGUUCCACAAAACAACUACCAUGGGGUGAAGGGUUUAUACCUGCAACUCCCAUACUGCUGGUCCUCUCACAUCAAGGUGUUUUAUGCAUGUUUGAUGUGAUAAAUUUAAAGCAAGGAUUGCCCACCAUUUGUACGCCACCUGAUGCUAUACAAGACAAUUCAGGAUUAUCACAGUUUUUUAAGCCUGCCCCUGUAGCAACCCAUAAACCUCAGGAACCACCACAACAACCAAAAGUUGAACCUCCAAAGUCAACUUUUUCUUUUGGUAAUGCGCCCAAACCAGAAACACCAGUUGAAGCUCACCCGCAACAACCUGGUUUAUUUGGAACUGCUUUACAAAAACCAGCAGCACCUAUGUUUGGAACGCUCCAGCAACCAAACACUCAAAAGCUUACUUUUGGAGGUACGCCAACCACGCCAGCGAUGAAUUUGUUCGGGGGACAAGCUACCAUUACCCCAAUUAAACCACAACAACCCACAAUGGCGCCAAAAUCGGAAUCGAAACCACCAGCUGCUGCUCAAAAUUUGGCUACUCCAAAGUAUUCAACCAUAUUUUCUUCAAUUCAAACACCCCCGACCGCUCUUCCGACGUCCGUUCCUACAGCUACUGUCACCAUACUGACUCAAGAUCCAGCUAAAAGUACAAUGGCACAACCAACUACACCAGCACCCCAACCAGUAGCAGCUGCGACUUUGAAAAAACCCGAACCCGAAAUAAAAUCGGUCCCCGAUACUGUUCUAGAUGCCAAAGCCAAGGCCGAAACUGACGCUCAGCUAGCCAUUAUGAUAAAAGAAGAAUGUCACCGUUUGCAAGCAGAACUGUGUCUUAUACUGGAAGCAGGCCGUAACGUUAAACUAAAUCCUGGUACUGACGCUGAAAAAACCGACAUCCUAGACAAAAUUGAGUCGUUAGAAGAAUUCGCCAACGAACUCUCUGAAAUAGGCAGCACUCAAAACGCCGAGAUCCACUAUUUAAAGCAGAAUUUAGUGCAAUCAUGGGCUUGGUAUGAGGAAGCCAGAUCCAGAUUCAACAUCGCCAAAGACGAAACAAUGAACGUUCUUCUAAGAGCGCAACCCCUCGAUUCUGCUUCGGAAAAAAUAUUAAAAGAUAUGAACAAGCAUAUGUGCUACCUGGACUCCCAACUAGGUCAAGCUAGUAGGGCUUUGGAUGAACAAUGGGAUAAAUUUCAAGAUUACGCUAAGAAGACUCAUCGCACAAAAAUGCCCACUAUGGAGGCCAUAUUUCAGUCUAUGGUGAGACAAAAUGCCAUCCUACAAAAGCAGUCUUAUAUCAUCAAAGAUAUCUCCGCAAGGAUGAAGUUUAAAUAUCGUACAUCUACCACCCCUUCGCUUCUUUUGGCCAUAGAAAAUUUGGAUAUUGAAGAUGAAUUCCAAAAGCUUAAUAUAGAAAAUAAAGAUUUAAUUCAGCUUCAAUACGAAAAUAUUUUAAAGAGAAAGAAGCAGUUGUCUUUGGAGAAAUCUAACAGAAUAAGAAGUUUCCUAAAGAAAAGAGAUGUGUCACACGUUUCUGUAAUAAAGCCCCAAUUAAAUACCUCAUUAUUGCAACAAACACCAUUGGGAAAAAGCAGGGCAAGAUUAUCAAUUUUGGGGGCUCAAAUGUCGCCAGUGCCAAAACCAAUACCAAGAAAUUUGGAGUUCAUUCAGUCUACACCAAAGAAAGACAUAUUCCAAAUUGGCGUGCCACCAAACACCCCAAAUUUAGGUGGGCCACAAAGUUUUCCAUUCUUAAAUACUCCGACAAGCGCGUUUCAACCUGUAUCUAAAACCACUUCUGCUUUUGUUCCCACUACUCAAGCUUCCAAUGCUUUUGCCCCCGUUAAACCCAAGACCACCAUCGAAUUUGCCCCUGCUGCCAUAAGUAAGCCAGGCGUGGCGAAAAGCACUUCGCAACCUGCAAUACUAAGCAUCACCACAUGGGGUGGCGACACACCGGUAGAAAACAAGACCACUUUCGUUAAUCCUAACGUUAAAACUUCCUCACAACCAACGUUCAGCAUGUUCGGAACACUAAAAUCAACCCCAACUGCAGUAUCAAUGACUUCAGCGAAGCCUCAGUUAAAUAUAACACCCAAUGCAGAACCUAAAUUGUCACAACCAUCAAUGUUCGGUUCCUUACCAGGUAUUGCAAAAGUUACUUCUGCGACGUCGAUUACGUCUGGAAAAUCUGCUUUCAGUAUGGUCAGUAGUACAGAGGGUCAACAAGAAUCAAAACUGGCAUCUUCAACGUCAUCUAUAAGUUUAGGCUCUUCUAGUACUUCUGUAACAUCGGAAGGAUCCACCACUAUAAAACCGAUUUUCUCAGCGUUUGCACCUCCUAAUAAAAAUGUGGUUCAACCAAUAGCCACCAGUACAGGGGCCACCACCAAAUUCUCUUUUGUUACUCCUACAGUUACAAAACCUAGUAUUACUCCUUCAACAACUGCAAGUACUGAAGCAAGUAAUCCUCUAUUUGGAUUUUCAACUUCUGAGGUUGCGUCAACAGAACACAAAACCCCCAUACUAGGAAUAAAAACUAGUGCAUCUUCUCCAUUUGUUGCACAAAUAACAUCUUCAGCACCAAUAUUUGGUUCUGGAGGCAGUAGUACGACGUUCAGUUUUGGUAGUGGCUCUUUAUCGUCAAGUUCAGCUCCCAGUAUGUUCGGUGCUACUGCAAGCUCGACCGUAUCUAGUACUUCUACAAUACCAACAACCACCGUAAUUUUAAAAGUUCCAGAUACAUUAUCAACAGCACCCGCUGUUACAAGCAGCACAACUUCAUUAUUUGGAUUAGCUUCAACUGCUGCUCCAUUAGCUCUAACAACUACUAAGGUUGUUAGUACAGCUUCAACCUCAAUAUUAGCCAGUACAAGUGGCAUUACUGCUAGCACUACUCCAUUUGGAAUAACCAGUUCAGCUACAUUUUUCGGUUUGGCUAAAACUGCUACCACUUCCGCAACAGCUGCGCCUUCUACUAUAUCAACUACAGUCGCCAUUACUGCAGAUCCUAUUUCGGUUGCCACUGAGGUAUCUACUCCAUCUGCUUUAUCAUCAGCAUUACCUGCUUUGAAGCCCUUUGAUACUACUACUUCUACUCCAAACACAUCUGCUAGUGUAUUUGGGACAAAGUCUACAACCAUUUUCGGGGCAGUAACUUCUACUGCAACUCCAAUAUUUGGCGGAACGCCAGCUGCAACAGCUUCCGCAUCUACUGGAUCUCUAUUUGAAGCUCCGGCGUCUACUCCAGCUACCACAAGCACAGGAUUUAGUUUGGCUCAGACAUCGCCGACUGCAGCAACAACAACUGGUUCCAUAUUUGGUUUAGCACAAGCUGUCACCUCGACUCCGUCAACUACAGGAAGUUCCAUCUUCGGUGCUGCCCAACUGGCUACCACUACACCAUCCAUCUUUGGUUCCACACCCUCUACAAGUACUCCUACUCCUUCUGUUUUCGGCGCAUCAACAACUUCCCAGCCUGCCUUUGGUGCUGCACCCUCUACCACCUCCGGUUCAAUAUUUGGAUCCCCAGCCACCACCAGCAGUACAACAGUGUUUGGUACAGCAGCGGCUACUACCUCGACCACUCAGUCCAUAUUCGGAGCUGUAACAACUUCGGCUCCCGCCUUUGGAACAGCACCGGCUUCGCCUUUUGGCCAGCCCGCACAACAACAACCUCCUGUAUUUGGUACUCCGAAAACAACUUCGGUAUUUGGUAGUCCGAGCGUGUUUGGUUCUCCAGUUAACACCACUAGCGCUUUUGGUCAACCAGCAGCUUCAUUUGGAGGUGGUAAUCAAUCUAUAUUUGGCGGUGCGCAAACUAGUUCAGCCAGUGUGUUCGGCGGUACUCCCACUACAAGCUCAACAUUUGGUGGUGGUUCGAUUUUUGGAACCCCAGCGCCCACUCAGUCUGUAUUUGGCUCGCAAGCCAAUACAUUUGGGACUCCAACAACUCAAUCUUCAUCCUUUAGUUUUGCAUCGGAUGGUAAUAGUCAACAACCUGCAAGUGGUGCGUUUGGUUUUGGAGGGUUGAACGUCGGCGCUAACAGUACACCGACCUCCAACACAAAUGUCUUUGGCGGCGGUUCUGCAUUUGGUUCCCAACAAGCCAAUCCCUUUGGAAGAGCUGCCACGACGGUGAGCAGCGGAGGUAGCAUAUUUGGAAGCCCGGCUGCCUCAUCCAGCUCUAUAUUUGGAGGCGGCACGCAAUCCAGCUCUGCAUCAGUCUUUGGUGGCUCAACAGGUACUGCCUUUGGAGCCACUACUUUUGGAGGCGGUGCUACAGGUUCCUUCUCCCAAGCAGGAGGUGGUGCAUUUUCAACACCACAAGCAGGACCGUUCAGUGGCGGGGCCACCGCAGGGGCUUUCGGAAGCCCUCAACCGGCUGGACCGUUUAGCGGUGGCGGAAAUGCUGGCGCGACAACAGGGGCGUUUGGAACCCCCCCAGCAUUCCAAAAACCCGCCUUUGGAGGGGCGCCGGCAUUUGGUUCGCCUCCAGCCUUUGGGUCACCACCUAGUUUUGGAGGAGCACCUGCUUUUGGAGCUGCUGUUAAUCAAGGAGGAUUUGGAAGUCCCAAUAAAAUAUUUGGAGGUGAAGCACCAGCUGGUCCUACUACAUUUGGAGGUGGUGGUGGUGGUGUGGCCCAAAGCCCUACAUUUGGUAAUUUGGCUACACAAAAUACGGUUGGGUUUGGAAAUCUUGCUCAGCAGACAGCUAAUAACGCGGGCAAUAAUUCAUUUUCUGGGGGAUCAUCAUUUUCAAGUUGGAGAUAAACUAUGUUGGUUAUUAUUUUUGAUGUAUAAAUAAAAUAUUAUUUGGUAAUUUAAAAAACGGUUUUAUUGCAUAUGCUUGUUCUUAAAUAUGUGUACACUAUUAUCACACCCACCAGAAACUAAAUAUUUAUUAUUUGACCAAUCAACUCCCAAUACUUGUCCUUGGUGUCCUUGUAAGUUGUAGAGAGGAGCCUUUGGACUUCUAGUGUCCCAUAACUUUACAGCUAAGUCAUAUCCUCCAGACAUAAACAAAUGUGGGUCAUAUUUAGACCAUGUAACACAACUAACCCACAAAGAGUGUGAAGUAAAUGUUGUUUUACAUAGGGAACCUUCAGAAGACCUGGGAUCAUACAAUCUGAUGUGUCUAUCUGCUGAACUGGCUAUAAGAGUGUUGGACAAAGGGGACCAUGAUGAACUUAGAUAUGCUUUUUGACCAACAAUUUCAGAUUUAAGCCCACAAAG